ACAAUAACAUAGCUGCAAUAAGUAAUUUCACACAUAUCAUCAUCUGUAUAAAGGGGACUGGGAUUUAGAAUUACAUGUAAAAAUUUGAAAAAUGGAUCCAAAGUCUGAUGAGCAUGAUAAAGAAAUGGGAAAGAACCAAGAAGGCCCACUCACGUACAAGGUUCCUGAUGAACAUGUGUUCAAGGGAGUGAAGCUACAUGAUGGAAUGCUACACGAGGGUUCUGAAGAGGCAGACAUUUAUGAUAAUCUGGAAUUGACAGUGGAUGACUGUAUAGUAGCAUCAUACCCCAAAUCAGGAACCACAUGGACCCAGGAGAUUGUUUGGUUGUUACAUCACGGAGCCGACACAGACAAAGCAAAGGAAACAACACUGACUGAAAGAUUUUCAUUCAUCGAAAUGAUCCAACAGAUCCGUAAAGUACCCGAGAUGCUACCGCCAAAACUGAUCAAAACUCAUGUGCCGUAUUCAAGCCUUCCCAGGAAUUAUCUCAAUAAUUCCACAACGAGACCGAAAGUUGUUUACAUAGCACGCAAUCCUAAAGAUACAGCAGUGUCCUAUUUUCAUUUUUACAGAGCAAAUAGGGCCUAUGGGCUGUACAAAGGAAGUUGGAGUGAUUUCUUUGAAAUGUUUAUCAACGAAUACACAGUCUAUGGAUGCUGGUUCAAACAUGUUGUAUCUUGGCACAACUUCGCCAAAAUGGAGCCUAACAUUCUUUUCUUAAAAUAUGAAGACAUGAAAAAGAAACCGACAGAGCAAAUACACAAAAUUGCCACAUUCUUAGGUAAAGACAUUGAUAAGGAAGAAGUAUUGAAAUUAACCGAGCACACAAAAUUUGAAAGCAUGAAAUCAAACAAAGCCGUUAACUAUUCAUCAAGUGAGAGGAUUGAUGCUUCAGUUUCACCAUUUAUGAGAAAGGGUCAAAUCGGGGACUGGAAAAACUAUUUCACAGUUGCUCAAAAUGAAAGGUUCAUGAUGAUGUAUGAAGAAAAACUGAAAGGCACUGAUUUGACAUUUGAAUUUGAGUAACACCACACCAUGCUGCUCUGGGAAUUAACACACUCUAAAAUGUUUCCCCGAUAGGUCAAAAUAAUUGACUUAUCUAUCGAGGACAACAAUGAAAAGAUUAAUGAAUAUACACAUGUUUAACAAUUAGUUGUCACCACCCUGUACUUUAGCUUGUGACUGGAGUAAGAUAAUUUACAUUCCCUUUCCCUAUCAAGAUUUGAGGUGAUUUAGUCAUAAUAAUGUGAAUAAUAACAUAAUGUGACUUUAUCAUUGCAGAACAGUAAUGGGAUAUCAAUAUAGGCAACAUCGGAUAUACAUAUAUCUUAUAUUAAACAAAUAUCAACAGUCACUUAGCCAUCAAAAUUCUUUUUCAAUCAAAAAUCUGGAAAAUAUAAACUUCAUAGGCUGGGUCAAACAACUCAAGAAAUUGAUAUAUAAUACAAAUUAUUUCAAUGAUUCUUUACAUCCACCACAUAUACAACAUGUUCAACAGGUACUUUCUCCAAUCAACCAGCAGUGUUGAAGUCAUAUAAUGCAUAGUGUCCUAAAUGAU